CUCCCCGUACGCGCCCGGGCACAAGCCGGGCGGGGGCGCGCGCGGCGGCAGCCGCCUCGAGGGACUAGCGGCGUGUUUAUUUGCAUGCGCGGGGGCGCGCUGAUCCAGCGGGGCGGGCCCGGCGGGUGUUUGACUGCUGGUCGGUCCUGAGGCAGGAGGAGCUCAUGGUUGGUAGUUCAGAGAGAGAAAAAUUUGAGACAGGAUGGAUGCAAAAGCUCGGAAUUGUUUAUUGCAACAUAGAGAAGCUCUGGAAAAAGACAUCAAGACAUCCUGCAUCAUAGAUCACAUGGUUAGCGAUGGAGUUUUGACAUUACUGGAAGAAGAAAAAGUGAAAAAUGAGUGUACUCAACGUCAACGAGCAGCUAUGCUAAUUAAAAUGAUACUUAAGAAAGAUAAUAAUUCUUACAUCUCAUUCUACAAUGCUCUGCUUUAUGAAGGAUAUAAGGAUCUUGCGGCCCUUCUCCAUGGUGGCAUUCCUGUUGUCUCUGGUUCCAGUGGCAAAGAUUCAGUUGGUGGAAUAACUUCAUAUGGUUUGUAUCCAUUGCACCGGAGUCCUGGGUUUGACGGAGUCCGCGCUACCAUGGACCCCAACACCAUAAUCGAGGCCCUACGGGGCACCAUGGACCCAGCCUUACGUGAGGCCGCGGAGCGCCAGCUCAACGAAGCACACAAGUCUCUGAAUUUUGUUUCAACACUGCUGCAGAUUGCUAUGUCAGAACAACUGGACUUACCUCUUGUGAAAAAUUAUGAGUACAAGAAACCAGAGGAGCGGAGUCCAUUGGUAGCAGCGAUGCGGCAUUUUCUGCUGGUUCUAAAGGAUCGUUUCAUCCAGCCACUUUCUGAUCAGUCUAAUCAAUCUGUCCUCAUCCAGAAACAAAUAUUCAAGAUCUUCUAUGCUCUUGUUCAGUGUACACUACUGCUGGAGCUGAUAAACCAACAGAACCAGACAGAGUGGAUAGAAAUUUUAAAGAUUGUUGUGAACAGAGAUGUACCUAAUGAAACACUUCAAGUUGAAGAAGAUGAUAGACCUGAGUUACCAUGGUGGAAAUGUAAGAAGUGGGCUUUACAUAGUUUAGCAAGGCUCUUUGAGAGAUAUGGAAGCCCCGGCAAUAUUUCCAAGGAGUAUAAUGAAUUUGCUGAAGUAUUUUUGAAGGCAUUUGCUGUUGGUGUCCAGCAAGUUUUGUUGAAGGUAUUAUAUCACAGUGAUCUAGGCUACAUGAGAGCACGGGCUUGCUGGGUACUUCACUAUUUUUGUGAAGUGAAGUUCAAAAGUGACCAGAACCUUCAAACAGCUUUAGAACUAACAAGGAGAUGUCUGAUUGAUGACAGAGAAAUGCCUGUGAAAGUGGAAGCUGCAAUAGCUCUUCAAGUGUUGAUAAGCAAUCAAGAAAAAGCUAAAGAAUACAUCACACCAUUCAUCAGACCUGUAAUGCAGGCUCUUCUUCAUAUUAUAAGAGAAACAGAAAAUGAUGAUCUUACCAAUGUAGUUCAGAAAAUGAUUUGUGAAUAUAGUGAAGAAGUUACUCCUAGUGCAGUAGAAAUGACACAACAUUUGGCAAUGACAUUUAACCAGUAUGUGCAAAAGGUUCUUACAGGAGUUGCAGGAGAAGAUGCAGAGUGUCACGCAGCAAAAUUAUUAGAGGUCAUCAUUCUGCAGUGCAAAGGGCAUGGCAUUGACCAGUGCAUUCCCUUAUUCGUGGAAGCAGCUUUAGAGAGACUGACAAGAGAAGUUAAGACAAGUGAACUUAGAACAAUGUGUCUGCAAGUUGCAAUUGCAGCUUUAUAUUAUAACCCACACCUACUACUUAAUACUUUAGAAAAUCUUCGCUUCCCUAAUAAUGUUGAACCAGUUACAAAUCAUUUUAUUACACAGUGGCUUAAUGAUGUUGACUGUUUCUUGGGGCUCCAUGACCGAAAGAUGUGUGUUCUUGGCCUGUGUGCUCUUAUUGAUACGGAACAAAUACCACAGGUUUUAAAUCAGGUUUCUGGACAGAUUUUGCCAGCUUUUAUCCUUCUAUUUAAUGGAUUGAAAAGAGCAUAUGCCUGCCAUGCAGAACAUGAGAAUGACAGUGAUGAGGAUGAUGAAGCUGAAGAUGAUGAUGACACUGAGGAACUGGGGAGUGACAAGGAUGAUAUUGAUGAAGGUGGUCAAGAAUAUUUGGAGAUUCUGGCUAAGCAAGCAGGUGGAGAUGGAGAUGAUGAGGCCUGGGAAGAAGAUGAUGCUGAGGAAACUGCUCUAGAAGGCUAUUCCACAAUCAUUGAUGAUGAAGAUAACCCUGUUGAUGAGUAUCAGAUAUUUAAAGCUAUAUUUCAGACUAUUCAAAACUGUAAUCCUGUGUGGUAUCAGGCUCUGACUCAUGGUCUUAAUGAAGAACAAAGGAAACAGUUACAAGACAUAGCAACUCUGGCUGAUCAAAGAAGAGCAGCCCAUGAAUCCAAAAUGAUUGAGAAGCAUGGAAGCCAUUACGAGGAGGGCUGCUGUUCAGAAUCCUUGUUUAUUUUUUCCUCACCAGGUUGUUUCCCGGGAGGUGUGCAUUGGGUUUCAGUUGGGCAGCAGGACAAAGCUAAGCUUCUGAUGAAACUGCAGAAUCUCUGCUCACGAUUGGAUCAGGAUGAGAGUUUCUUCCAGAGGCUUCCACUUAACAUUGAAGAGGCUAAAGACCGUCUCCGCAUUCUGAUGCUGCACAAACACCCAAGGUCUCUGUUGAUCUUGGAUGAUGUUUGGGAUCCUUGGGUGUUAAAAGCUUUUGACAAUCAAUGUCAGAUUCUUCUUACAACCAGAGAUAAGAGUGUUACAGAUUCAGUAAUGGGUCCUAAAUAUGUAGUCCCUGUGGAGAGUAGCCUAGGAAAAGAAAAAGGACUUGAAAUUUUAUCCCUAUUUGUUAAUAUGAAGAAAACAGAUUUGCCAGAACAAGCUCAUAGUAUUAUAAAAGAAUGUAAAGGUUCUCCUCUUGUAGUGUCUUUAAUUGGUGCACUUUUACGUGAUUUUCCCAACCGCUGGGAGUACUACCUCAGGCAGCUUCAGAAUAAGCAAUUUAAGAGAAUAAGGAAAUCUUCAUCUUAUGAUUAUGAAGCUCUGGAUGAAGCCAUGUCCAUAAGUGUUGAUGUACUCAGAGAAGACAUCAGAGAUUAUUACACAGAUCUUUCCAUCUUUCAGAAAGAUGUUAAGGUUCCUACAAAGGUGUUAUGUAUUCUCUGGGACAUGGAAACUGAAGAAGUUGAAGACAUACUGCAGGAAUUUGUUAAUAAGUCUCUCUUAUUUUGUGAUCGGAAUGGAAAAUCAUUUUCUUACUAUUUACAUGAUCUCCAAGUAGAUUUUCUUACAGAGAAGAAUCGCAGCCAGCUUCAGGAUCUACAUAAAAAGGUGGUCACUCAGUUCCAGAGGUAUCACCAGCUAUACACUCUCUCCCCUGAUCAGGAGGACUGCAUGUAUUGGUACAACUUUCUGGCCUACCACAUGGCCAGUGCGAAUAUGCACAAAGAACUUUGUGCUUUAAUGUUUUCCCUGGAUUGGAUUAAAGCAAAAACAGAACUUGUUGGCCCUGCUCAUCUGAUUCAUGAAUUUGUGGAAUAUAGGCAUAUAUUGGAUGAAAAGGAUUGUACAGUUUGUGAAAAUUUUCAGGAGUUUUUAUCUUUAAAUGGACACCUUCUUGGACGACAGCCAUUUCCUAACAUUAUACAGCUGGGUCUCUGUGAACCGGAAACUUCAGAAGUUUAUCAGCAAGCUAAGCUGCAGGCCAAGCAGGAGGUCGAUAACGGAAUGCUUUACCUGGAGUGGAUAAACAAAAAAAACAUCAAGAAUCUCUCCCGCUUAGUUGUCCGCCCCCAUACAGAUGCUGUUUACCACGCCUGCUUUUCUGCGGAUGGUCAGAGAAUAGCCUCUUGCGGAGCUGACAAAACCUUGCAGGUGUUCAAAGCUGAAACAGGAGAGAAACUUCUAGAAAUCAAGGCUCAUGAAGAUGAAGUACUUUGUUGUACAUUCUCUACAGAUGAAAAUUUUAUAGCAACCUGCUCAGUGGAUAGGAAAGUGAAGAUUUGGAAUUCUGUGACUGGGGAACUAGUACGUACUUAUGAUGAGCACUCAGAGCAAGUCAACUGCUGCUGUUUCACCAACCAAAGUCAGUACCUUCUCUUGGCCACUGGGUCAAGUGACUUCUUCCUCAAACUCUGGGAUUUGAAUCAAAACGUAUGCCGAAAUACGAUGUUUGGUCAUACAAAUUCAGUCAAUCAUUGCAGAUUUUCACCAGAUGAUAAACUUUUGUCUAGUUGUUCAGCUGAUGGAACACUAAAGCUUUGGGAUGUGAAAUCAGCAAAUGAGGUGAAAAGCAUCAAUGUGAAGAAAUUCUUCCUAACUUCAGAGGACCCGCAAGAGGAUAUGGAAGUAAUAGUGAAAUGUUGUUCGUGGUCUGCUGAUGGUGCUAGGAUAAUGGUGGCAGCAAAAAAUAAGAUCCUUGUUUUUGACUUUCAUACCAGUGACCUAUUGGCCGAAAUCCAAACAGGCCGUAACAGCACUAUCCAGUAUUGUGACUUUUCCCCUCAUAAUCAUUUGGCAGUGGUGGCUUUGUCUCAAUACUGUGUGGAGUUGUGGAAUAUGGACUCACGUUUAAAGGUAGCUGAUUGCCGAGGACAUUUAAGUUGGGUUCAUGGUGUGAUGUUUUCUCCUGAUGGAUCAUCAUUUUUGACAUCUUCUGAUGACCAGACUAUCAGGGUCUGGGAGACUAAGAAGGUAUGUAAGAACUCUGCAAUAGUGUUAAAACAAGAAGUCGAUGUUGUUUUUCAAGAAAAUGAAGUGAUGGUCCUUGCGGUUGAUGAUGUAAGAUGUCUACAACUCAUUAAUGGAAAAACAGGUCAGAUUGAUUACCUGACUGAAGCUCAAGUUAGCUGCUGUUGCUUAAGUCCGCAUCUUCAGUACAUUGCAUUUGGAGAUGAAGAUGGAACCAUUGAGAUUUUAGAACUUCUAAACAGCAGAAUCUUCCAGUCCAGGAUUGGGCACAAGAAAACUGUACGGCAUAUUCAGUUCACAGCUGAUGGGAAGACUCUGAUUUCAAGUUCUGAUGAUUCUGCAAUUCAGGUAUGGAAUUGGCAGACAGAUGAAUAUGUCUUCCUUCAAGCCCAUCAGGAAACUGUGACGGAUUUUAGGCUCUUGAAAAAUUCAAGACUACUUUCUUGGUCAUUUGAUGGAACAGUUAAGGUAUGGAAUAUUAUUACUGGAAGAAUAGAAAAAGACUUUGUCUGUCACCAGGCCACUGUACUUUCUUGUGAUAUUUCUCCUGAUGCAACCAAGUUUUCAUCUACCUCAGCUGAUAAGACUGCAAAGAUUUGGACUUUUGAACUCCUUUCCCCUCUUCAUGAGUUGAGGGGCCACAAUGGCUGCGUCCGCUGUUCUGCCUUUUCUGUGGACAGUUCCCUGCUGGCGACAGGAGAUGACAACGGAGAGAUCAGGAUAUGGAAUGUCUCCAAUGGAGAGCUGCUUCAUCUGUUUGCGCCCGUUUCGGUAGAAGAGGGAGCUGCCACCCAUGGAGGCUGGGUGACUGAUCUUUGCUUUUCUCCAGAUAGCAAAAUGCUUGUCUCUGCUGGAGGAUAUCUUAAGUGGUGGAAUGUUGUCACUGGGGAAUCCUUACAGACCUUCUACACAAAUGGAACCAGUCUUAAGAAAAUCCAUGUGUCUCCUGACUUCAAAACAUAUGUGACUGUUGACAAUCUUGGUAUUUUAUAUAUUUUACAGGUUUUAGAGUAAAAUAACGAAGUAUUAAAGUAAGUUGAACUCUAAUUUUGAAUUAGAAAAAAAUUGGAAUGAAACUCCAUAUAUCAACUUUUUACAAAGCUGUGAAUUGUUUUGCAGUGUUCAUUUAUUACAAAAGUGUUUGUGGCUUUAUGAAUAAUAUUGAUGUACUUUUUUCCAAAUGGACACCUUUAAUUUUGUUUUUCAUAAUCAUUAUCAUUAAGUUUGUCCUGGAGAUGCAAAUAAAAAUGUAAAUACAUACCUUAUUAUAUACUGUUGGUAAAAUUCUCUCUUGAUGCACUCAAAUUGGUUGACAUAAUUAAUGAGAAUAAUUUGAAAGCAAUCUAUAGUCUAAUACUGUUAUUAUACAGGCUGUGCCUCAGGGAUGCCGUGGCCUGCUUUCUGAACACACGUACCUCUCUCAUGUGAGGUCUACUUCUCCCAAAAACAAUUUUGGAGCUUGUUUGCACUCUUUCAAUUUGCUUUAAGAAUAUUGUGUCUGUGUGCACAAUUUGCUACAUUUCCUCUAAUUAACUCAAUAAAUGAGUCUUAGAUUUAAACAAUUCUUUAUGUGAAGCAAAAGUUAAGUGUUGGAGAGAGUCAGUUCCAUUGGUCUACCUUUUUCUCACUGGCUGAUGUCAGUCCUGUGCCCUCUCUGGGCCCCAUCCUGUUCUCUCUGUUGCUUUACAUACCAGAUUUCUUACCUGAUUGACUUGACCUUUUCUAAUCCUUUUUUUUUAAAGCAGUUGCAUGAUAGUUAAAUGUUAGUAAAUAAAAAUUUUAUGGGGGGAAUAGGGAGAGCCAAUUUUAACCAUAAGUUUUAAUAAUAUUUUUAUAAAAAUGUGAAAUAGUAAAAGAUAACUUUCUUCUAAUUCUAUUUACUUUAGAUGGACGGCGUUGUCAUCGCCGUUCUUUCUCUUAGUGAAUUUCCAGAGAAUUCUCGGGUUUCUGUGCAGCUGCAGAGGGUCACUGCGACCCUGGAGGAUGUUACCCUUAACUUCCAACCAGCUUGUCCCCCUUCUCUUCCCCUUCCUUGACUUUUCUCCCUUCUGGCUUCCCUUUCUCUUCCCCAUUCCCUCCAGGGUUAAUCAGGAAAGAUACCUUUUGACAGGAAAAAAACUUACGAGAGUCAGUAACCAGCUGUUUUUACUUCCUGAUGAGGAACUUUAAUAGAAAUUUGAAUCUAGACAUUUCACCUGCAAUGUAUUAUUAAGGGCAAUGGAGAUAAAAUAAUAAUAGAUGUGGUUUCCAUAAAUAACCAAAAUGCGAGAUUUUUGUUAUUCUAUUUACAAUAAGAACUCAUAAAUAAAAUACAUAUUAGCACUAAUAGUUCAUAGCAGUGAACCUGUUUUUGUUGGUGGUACUUACUAGUAAUUGGGGAAUGGACCACCAGGCUAUAUAUAUAUAUAUAUAUAUUUUUUACCUGAUGUAUUUGACUAGAUAUUCCUAUGUAGAUUUCCUGUGUAGCAUUGAGGGAACCAUAAAUAUAGUGAAUAAAAUGUUUUACAUUGUUAAUUUUUUUGUUUAAUUUUUAAGUGCUAACUUAAGAAACUAGGUUAUAGGCCUUAAUGUGAUUUAAGCAAAUGUGAUUUAAGCAAAUGUGAUCAGUGAAAAUCUUAAUUUUAUAGAAUAUUUCUGUAAAUAGUUAUGUUUUGCCUAGCAUAUUCCAAUUAUACUUUAAUUUGUUUACAUUGUUUAGGUGCGUAUCUGUAGUUCUGAAUAUUAAAUAUUGACUUUUGGAAUUAAAAGCUAAGUACUGGUUAAAGUAUAACAAUACAUGAGCUUUUAAAAAGUCUUGAUUGGCCCUUGUCUUAAAAAGAAGUUCGAAAGAAAAAUGGGAUGAAAAACAAGAUAACACAAGGAAAGAAGAAAUACUUAAUAUGAUGUAGUUGCAAGUUUCAUGGCAGCUCAUGGGAUCUGCCAAGAAGUGGAUUUUGUUUUGUGGCAUUUUCCUUACUUUAUUUUUUCUUAAGAGAAAUUACAUUGGAUUUUUUUUACAUUUAUGUGUCUUGUAUGUUUUGGAAACUGUUGGUUUUGUAUUUCAUGUAAAACUUACCUGAUUUGUUUUUGCCUUCACAUAUAUUUUAAGAUAUGAAUUUACCAAAUUUUUAUACAAAUAAAAUUUCUAAAAUUUUUGAAAAACAA